CCAGACUGCUCAGAAGUGCGACAGUUCAGGUGAAGGGAUCACAAAUUACAGUGUUUCGUUGAUCUUUGCCGGCAAACUAUCGGUAUAGUUAAUUGUGAAAUUAGUUGCAGAACGCUAGUUUCUCGGAACGGGUCGUACAUUUAUCCAACGAGGCUUGCCGAGUUGGAUAAUUACGGCGAUUGAUGUGUUGUGAUAUUGACGUGACGUGAAGUGAUAUAAUAAUGUGCCACCAGCAGCAGAGCGGGACUUGCCUUGUCAUAUUCACGGGUUGUUCUAAUAAGUGCUCGAUUCGGAGAUUUUUUGCUCGUGGUGCGAUGGUGAUGAAGACUCAAUCACCAUGGGUAUCUGUGCCAGAGUGUGGGUCCGCGAAUCUAUUUUCAGAAAGACUCUCCCCAACAUUUUGAACAAGCCGGACCAACCCAAACACUCGCUCGUAUUUCCUCGAAAGACGUCAACGUGCCAGCACACAAGCUCAGUUAAUCGUGUGGCGGCAUUUGGCUAGAGUGGACGCCGGGUGGCUCUAUCGGGAAGCAGUUGAAGCUAAGUGCAGCGGCAGCACAUUUCGCUAAAAUAAAACUCAAUCAUUCGCGGCGCGGGCCGAUACUAGCAUAUACUUGCGGGAUACAGAGACCAGUUGCCCAGCGAAGAAGUGUAGUUAUUCGACGGCAGUCACACGAAGAGGAUAACCGUACGGGAAGUGUUUAAUAAAUUCGGUGGACUGUAUUCUCGUGCCAAGGUGAUUCUGUUGUGUGCGCGAUCCAAAUCGAGAAAAAUUGUGAUUCCGGAAAAAUGUGGGUAUUUUUAUCAGGAAAAAUAGCCUGACAGUGGAAUCGUUGAAGACAAGUGCGAAAAAAGUGUUCAAUCACGGAUCUAACAAAUCCUCGCGAUACCUAGGGUUCAUCGAACCAUUAACUAAAAUACGCGCGAUCGCUACAUCUAACGACUACGGCUUGUUUGUUGAAGUUCGCCAAUUCGGCGCGUAACAGGCUUGAUGAGAAAAAAACCAGUGCAAACCGAUUUGACACAGCCAUUCGUAAGACUUAUGUAUUACAUCCGGGAAAAGGACUUUCCUAAUCAAGUGAGCCACUGUCAGCGUUACUCCCCGAAGGACCCACGUCUCAGAUCCAGGCAGCGUAAGUUAUCGACGUUAAUACGCGUGAACAGUGCCAUUAUCCUACAAGGAACUCUAAGUGGCCUCAUCGAAGCCAGCUCAGUGAAGAACAGAUAGAAGCAGUUUUCUCGUGUGUCCGUGACACGACCUACAAGGACAGCGUCAGCAGAAGCGGUCCUCGACGUCUCCGGCGUAGCUGUUUUUGUGUAUUGCGCAGUUCGAAACAAAACCCAAUCACAACCGUAAAUAUCUGUCUAGCGACCGAAGAAAGCAAUAAACCAAGCAGAAAAGCGUCCCCGACAUCGUCGUUUUCCUGGGGCCAUUAGUCGCAGCAGAAGAUCGCGCUUGUUGAGAACAUUUCGCAGUCUUGCUUUCGCGGUCGAGGUUGGGAUCGUUAUAUCCGCUUCGCACAGUUUUACAAAGCAGGUGCGUCCACAGUCUGCACAUCUAGAGUUCUGAAACGAAUAUCAGUACUUAACUUUAUAUCGAACGAAAAGAGAUCCCAAAUAUACGGAGGCCUUGAUGUGCUUUGAAAACUGCCAGCAUCGUGGAAUCGCCAUCGACAUUUGGAAACUCUUCCAAUAAACAGCGUAUGGCCUUCCAGCAGCUAGUGCACAAAACAUAUUAAUAGAUCUGAAUUAUUUGUAAAGUGAGCCAAUCGCACCUGAAGGUCAUAAAUACCAUCCAGCAGAUAACAAGAUUUUAAUUCAUCAGUAAUUCACGAGCUUGCCGUCGUUCAACACUUGUUUGGUUUUUUUCUCGUUUUUGUUAUAAAAUCUCCAAAAAGAGCCUCAAAAUGGUCGUCGAAAUUCAAAUUACUGAUCCCAAUAAUAAAAGCCAUACGGUCCGAAACAAUUCGGUCACCAAUCACAACAACAAUAAUGGCACCCGUUUUGGCAAAGAAGAACUAGAAGCCAUCAAAACGACGCUUCUCAACGCAAACGAAGUCACGUUUUGCAAUCUCUCCGAUGACGAUAAGGACGAUAGCCAACGAGCUAUGUCGCAAUUGACGGUCGCUGAUCCCAAUCGACGUAAGGGACGGCUCAACUCAGAACUAUCGGAGGCCGACUCGAUUCUUUCGUCUUACACCGAACCCGCCCAGAAGCCGAAGCCAAAAAUUCCGGAUGGCGGUUGGGGCUGGAUGGUAGUAUUAUCUUCAUUAAUAAUUUCCUUAAUCAUGGACGGCGUAUCGUUCUCGUUCGGAUUGAUCUAUUCAGAGUGGCUCGUUUAUUUCGGUGAGUCAAAAUCAAAAACCGCUUGGAUUGGUUCACUGUUUAUCGCCGUUCCGCUACUGUGUGGUCCCGUCAUGUCCAACCUAGUCGAUCGCUAUGGGUGCCGAUUAAUGACCAUGAUUGGCGGUACCGUCGCUACGAUCGGUUUUGUUCUUGCAUCAUACUGCCAAUCUGUCGAACAGCUAUAUUUGACUUUCGGAGUCCUAGCUGGAAUAGGCCUUGGAGUUGGAUACGUUACUGCAGUUGUUUCUGUUGCAUUCUGGUUUGACAAAAGGCGAACAUUCGCUACCGGAAUCGGCGCCUCAGGUACAGGCAUUGGAACCUUCCUCUACGCACCCUUUACUCAGUAUCUCAUAGCCAAUUUUGGUUGGCGUGGAACCACUCUAAUUCUCGCCGGAACGAUUUUCAACAUUGUCGCCAUGGGUGCUCUGAUGCGUGAUCCAGAUUGGUUGAUCGAAGAAAACAAAGAAAAUAAAUUGCAACGAUCGCAAAGUAUUCAAACCUUCUCCAACUCCAGCGUAUGUCUGGAUGAAAUUAAAAAACUUCUCGAAACUGGCGUUGCUAAAGAACAUGUUCUGGAUACCUUGGUGACCAACGUUAACACCGAAGCGAAUCAAGUCAUUCCGCCGGAUAAUCCAGCCAUCACCAAAAAGUAUCAAAGUGAAUUAACACUGCCCACGUUCAUGAACGACGGUCGUGAUAACGCUAAAUCGAAUGCUCAUAGUGGCAGCCGUCGUUCCCUGAAAGCUCUCUUUACGAAGGAUUCCUUCAAGCCCUUAAAAGAAGAACACUCCCCCGUUGAUGAAUCGAAAACUCUGAAGGCAAAACUUGCUAGCACCGAAUCGCUUAACUCAGUCGAAAAAGUGUCCAAGAAUGGAGAUAUUAACAGCCUUGAACGAAAAGCCUCCCUUCAAACCCUUAGUGUCAACUCCCUUGACGAGAACUAUCUCAGUUGUCAACGACAGAAAGAGCUGCAAACUCGGGGGGGAGGCAGCACCUGGUCCUUGGAUGAAACGUCUAUAGCUGCCAAAAACAACACCGAGGAGGAAGUUGAACGGUCUAUCCGUGGAACCUCGCUGGACGUAGUCUAUGAGAACGAGGUCUUUAACCCCAACGUCGAUACCACAGUCACCCUCGUCGUGCCCAAGCAGAAACGACUGAGUGCCAAACACAAGAAUGGGGGACUGAAACGGAAUGAGGUAGCCCAACAUCCUUUGCGGUAUUCCCACUACUUGCAGCAUAUGCGAGUGCAUCGCAAUUCGAUCCACUAUCGUGGUGCUCUGUUGAACACUGCACGAUACCGCCUAAAAGCAUCAUCAUGUCCGAACAUCUUCCGCAACUCAAUGACGACCAUUGCGAGGGAGAAGGAUGAGAUUUAUAUUGUGCCUUCACACAUGUAUCUGUUAAGCCAAUGGUACGACAGCUUUAUCGACGCCUUGAAAACUAUGUUCGACUUUUCAUUGUUUUUCGAGUACAAAUUCGGUAUGAUGUCAAUUUCUACCCUUCUUUUGUUCAUUUGGUAUAUCAUUCCGUACUUCUACAUCCCGGAGUAUUUGCUGGAGUACAACUUCACCGAAGAGGAUGGUGCAAACCUGAUCUCGAUCAUCGGCAUUACUAAUACAAUCGGAAUGGUCGUGCUGGGCUGGGUAGGAGAUCAACCUUGGUGCGAUGUGACUAAAACUUAUGCGUUCUGCUUGUUUCUAUGUGGUGCGUCGAUCGCCGCGGUGCCGCUGGUGGUAUCCAACUAUGUGCUCAUGGUCAUUUUGUGCGUUACGUUCGGGAUCACCUUCGCCAGCACGUUCUCCUUUACGCCCUUCAUCAUGGUGCGGUUGGUCAGCCUGGACGACUUUACCGUCGCGUACGGGUUGUGUCUGCUGGUGCAAGGCAUUGGCAGUCUGGUUGGGCCUCCGCUGGCCGGGCUGCUCUACGACAUGACCGAACAGUGGGCCAUGUCGUUUUACGCUGCCGGAUUUUUCAUCUUUCUGUCCGGCAUAUUUGCGUGGGCCGUUGGAUCAGUUGAAGCGGUUGCGAGCGAAGAAAAAGAGUGCGAGGAAUUCAGUUCGACAAUUACCGAGUAGAACACGUGUCUGGGUUGGAGAAAUAGUUUCUGAAGAGUACGUUCGUUGUAUGUAGCACAACAGAUACAAUCACAAAUGUACAAGCAAUUGCUAACUUCUGGAUCGUUGAACGUCUUAAUAUAAUCUCAAUUGGAAUAACUCUACAGAUCGAAGGGUUUCAACAAUUACUGAUUUCGACUAGACGAACGACCCCCAAUAUGUUUAUAUUUUAAAGUACUGAAAACGGUUUAUCAUAAUUUAUAGAAAUCAUUGAAUCCCGUUAUUUUAUCAUUAUUGUCCACAGUAUAAUGUUAUUUUGAAUUAAUUUAUCGUUAAAUAUCAAUUCAAAGUAGCUCAAAAGCAUACCAACUUGUGAAGGGUAAGAUGUGGUAAGAUUGUGAAAAUCAGUUAUCAGUUCUGUUCUGCCAACACAUGGUUGUGCUAUUAUGUUACAACUAUUCAUUAUGAUGAUUCUUAUAAUACGUUGUUUCGUUAUUCGUUACAUAGUCUGAACUUAACAUUUAUGUUUAUCUUUUAGCCGAUGCUUCGGUGUUUUCAUGGAUGUUUUUUAUUCAUUUAUUCCAUUAUUCAAAUGGACAAUAAUAUUUUAUAAAGUUAGUACUUAUGAAAUAAAUACAAAUAAUAUAAUAAAUGAAGAAUCUAUCACAUAAGUUCACGAAAGUAUAGCAAACUACAUCUUACCAUGAAGCUAUUUUUUUAUAAAAAAUAAUUGUUUCAGCCAACGUUUAGGUUGGUGUUAAGUUUUACGCAAGGUUUAAGUUCAAUAAUUUACAUUUCUAGAAUUCAAAUCAAACUUUCAUUUCACACUUUGAAACAGCAUAUUAAAUACAUUUCGUAACAACAGAUAGCGUUUGCAAAACGAUAAUGGAAAUUCUCGAGUACUUUAAUAAACAAUCAUUGCAGCACAUCAGUGACAUGUGUUCAAGCAUGGGUUAAAUUGCCAUCAAGAGCCGAAGUAAGGGACUAGAAAACAUCUUCGCAUCUGACACAUUUUCUAAACCGAUUUUCUUACGUGAAUCAAGAUUUUUAUUUUAUUUAUCAUGAAAUGUUUAAGUUUAAUGAUACGCAGUGUAUGAGUGGAAUGGAUCAGAAGAUUUUUUUUGUAGGUACUUCUGUAUAAUCUGGAAAUGUUUCAAACCUUUUACAUUUUUUUACCCACAUUUUCUCGGCGUUGUAUAAAAGCACCAGUCACAUCUAAACACCAUUCAAAUAUAAAAAGUCUGCUAUUUUACAUAACAAGUGCACAAUACCUACCACAACCAACAGAAUUUUUCAAAAGUAAUCAAGGAACAACAAUCACAACCAAGCACUAUAAUGACGUUUCUACGAAAUUUGAAGUGUCCAUGUGCCAUGUGCUACACGAUUCAUUUACAUAUUUCUCACAGUGUUCUACCUCGAAAUGUGACCAGUUGAGUUUUUACCAAAACAAAAGAAGAAAUAACAAGUUGUGAAUUAAAGUUAAAAAUUGAUCGGUUAGAGUGACCGAAUUUAAACAAAAUAUAUGCCUUACACACUUCGACAUUAGUUAAGAAACUUAUAUUCUGAAAAUGUACUUCAUUGUUCGAUAGAUUUAAGCGGAAAGCGGAUCUCUCAGUUUUUCUUUGCUAACAAAAUUUUCUGCUGAAAAAUUUCUUAAACUACAGCGGUAAUUGAAAUAAACGAAUUUAGAUUUAAGUUAGACUCUACACCAAUUAUAUAAGAGAAAAGUAGCCAUGUAGAUCAUGUACUUAGCGAAUAUGUAAUCAAGGAAUUAUCUUAGAUCCUAAUAAAGUACCAAAAUAUUACUAAAUAAGUAGAAAAUAUACUGAGCCUACCAAAUAAACGAUCAAUUAGCAAAAUAUAGAAAAUACUGCACACUACAGAAUUUGUAUAUUCUGACAUCGAACAUUGUGAGUAGCGUAUUUUUAAUUUGCAGUAAACUAUUGAUUCUAAAUAUAUUAUUCGAAUUCGUUGAAUCGACGAUCGUAAAAUUCUAUUAAAAUUUGUCAAGAAUUUAACAAAAGAAAUUUCUAUCUUUUAAAACUUUUGAAAAAUGUUAGUUUUUUACUCUGAUUGUUUGAAAUGUCGCAAUUGCAUAAAAUUGUUUUAUUAUCAAGUAAAGUAGAAACAAUAUUCGAUUUUUUCAGCUAUUCAUAGAAUUGGACAAUGUAAAUAUUGAGUCUGCCUUAAACUUAUUUACACCAGUGUAUUUACGCAACCAAACUCAACUUUAGUUUGCUUAAAUUUGUGUUACACAAUUUGUUUCGCACAAUACCCAUCAUUGAAUUUAGAGACACAUAGUUAAGGCAUGUAGUGUCUAAUAUAGAC